GGGAACAGGAACCCGCUCCCUCUCUGGCCCUACUUGGUUUAAUGCGAGGAUUUCCAGCGCGCAGAGGUCGGGCGGUGGAGACGAGCAGACUCAUAACCCACAACCCUGUCCCCGGCUCAGAUUGGCUGGCUGGGUGUUCUCCGCGCCAAACCCUCCCCCAGAAGUCUGUUUUGUCUCCGGCCGGGCUGAGUCACAUAGAAUAGAUAGACAGUUUAUCAGCACAUGUCCCCAGAUCAUAUUAUCCGCUUACAAAUAUAGCCCGUUAGCGCACAGGCACGGGCUCGCGCGUGUUCUCCGGGUGUAAACAGCCUGGCCCGUGGUUUGCGGGCAGCGGGCAGGCGGGACUGUCCACCGCAGGGGAGGUAACUUCAUGCUUCCAAAAUGGGACAUAAAGUGGUCGUGUUUGACAUUUCUGUCGUCAGAUCCUUGUGGGAAACCCGCGUCAAGAAGCACAAAGCUUGGCAGAAGAAGGAGGCAGAGAGGCUCGAGAGAAGCGCGUUGGAAAAGAUAAAGGAGGAGUGGAACUUCGUGGCCGAGUGCCGCAGGAAAGGCAUCCCCCAGGCUGCGUACUGUAAGAAUGGCUUCAUCGACACCAGUGUGCGGCUUCUGGAAAAGAUCGAAAGGAAUGCUCUGGUGAGGCAGGGGUCACCCUGCAAGGAUGGCGGCAGACGGAGCAACCCUUUUGUGUUUGAGCUUUCGGGGCAGCACUGGACGGAGCUCCCGGAUUCCUUGAAGGAGCAGACACACCUGAAAGAAUGGCACAUAAACAAUACCUUGAUUCAAAUCAUUCCAACAUAUAUCGAGCUGUUUCAAGCAAUGAGGGUUCUGGAUCUGCCAAAAAACCAAAUCUCACACCUUCCGGCCGAAAUCGGCCGUUUAAAGAAUCUGAAAGAACUCAAUGUGAGUUUCAACCAUCUGAAGAGCAUCCCUCCAGAACUGGGAGACUGUGAAAAUCUAGAGAGACUGGAUUGUUCUGGAAAUCUAGAAAUAACUGAGCUCCCCUUUGAAUUAAGUAAUUUGAAGCAAGUCACAUUUGUCGAUAUCUCAGCUAACAAGUUCUGCAGCGUCCCGAUCUGUGUCCUGCGGAUGUCUAGCCUGCAGUGGUUAGAUGUCAGCAACAAUAACCUCAAUGACCUGCCACAAGACAUAGACAGGCUGGAAGAAUUGCAGAGCUUCCUCUUGUAUAAGAACAAGCUGACCUACCUUCCCUACGCCUUGCUUAAUCUGAAGAAGCUCACCUUGUUAGUCGUCAGUGGGGACCACCUGGUGGAGCUCCCAACGGCUCUCUGCGACUCGUCCACACCUGUAAAAUUCAUAAGCCUCAUGGACAAUCCCAUUGAUAACGCCCAGUGUCCAGAGGGGGAUGAAGUGAUGGAAAGUGAACAGGAUCGUCAGCAUUUUGAUAAAGAAUUUAUGAAAGCCUAUAUUGAAGAUCUAAAAGAAAGAGAAUCUGUUCCCAGUUACACCACCAAAGUAUCCUUUAGCCUUCAACUCUGAUGUCACCCACCAGAAGACGGCGAAAUCUCUCGGUGUGGAGCUGUAGGUGUUCGUGUGAUGGGUCGUCUCGCGUAGGAACGGUGACUCAUGCUUAAGGACAGUCUAGAAACUGUCCACCAUCAUAGCUGUGAGGAAAAAUUACUUUCAAAUUUCAGAUAUUGGAGUAUCUGUCACUAUGGAUUAGAGAGUUUAUCAAUUGGCUUAUAUAUUAAUAUUUGCAGGUUGACUUGCCUACAUUUACUUCCAAGUAAUAACAUGUAAUAUUUUAGAAAAUAUAUACUUUAAUAUAUUUUUAAAAAUUGUAACUAAAA